AUGUCGGUUAGUAGUACCCCAAUGACGGACAAUAAACCAGUGAUCAAGAAUGUUGAUAUGACUGAAGAAAUGCAACAGGAAGCUAUAGAAGUCGCUCGCUUAGCCAUUGAUAAGUAUCCUAUCGAGAAAGACAUUGCUGCUUAUAUCAAACGUGAGUUCGAUAAGAAACACGGAAGCACCUGGCAUUGUAUUGUCGGAAGGAAUUUCGGAAGUUAUGUUACGCAUGAGAUUGACUUUGUCUCUUCUUCCACUUCGACGAUGGAAUCUAGCUCGGGAGAACGGUCCUCAAUAUUGCUAGAAUAUGCCCGGUUCCAAACGAUAAUUUCUGGGUUGGGUUAUAUAUAUAUAUGGUGCUGGAAGCCAUAA